UAUCAUGUGCUUGGAUACUGCCAAAGCCAUGUGGGAUGCUCUACGGGAGAUGUUCUUCAAUGACAAAAACGUCUCUCGAGUAUUUGAAUUGUAUGAGAAACCUUUCUCUCAUACUGAGGAUACUCACUCAGUCAAUGAUUACUUCUCUACCCUGAAAGGCCUUGCUGAUGAGAUUUUGGUUUAUCAUCCUCUUUCCUGUGAUGCCACAACAAGAGCAAAACAAUAGGAGGAAUUUAUGGUAGCAAAAUUUUUGUCAGGUCUUAAUGCUGAUCUCCAGCCACUUCGAGAUAGCUUGAUGGCUAGUGAUACCAUUCCAACGUUGUCUAACGCGUUGUCUCGCGUUCUUCGUGUCUCCACUGGGCGCACGGAAUCCACCUCUUUUGAGAGUUCAGCUAUGUCUGCUCGCGGUCGAGGUUCGUAUGGUGGACGUGGCCGUGGACAGGGACUUGGCCGAGGUCGAGGAAGAGGGUUUCAUGAUCGACUAUGUGAUCAUUGUGGUCGUUCGAAUCACGAGUCUGAUAAAUGUUGGAAGAAGUUUGGCAAACCAGAUUGGGCUAACAACACUGAGUUUACUGCGCCAAGUUCUUCAUCUACUACUGAUGCUUCUACCUCUGUAGCUGCAUUUGCUGUGUCUCCUGGAACCUGCAGACAAAGAGGACGAUUGGUGGAGGACAUGAGCGUGGCGGUCUGUACUAUUUGGAUCCUGUUUCACCUAUCUCUCCUAGUGCUCCCUCUGCUGCUGUGUCUCCAUAUCAGUGGCAUUGUCGUCUUGGUCAUCUGUCUUCUUCCAGUCUUCGUAGUUUAG